CAGUGCGAGCAUUUACAGAAUCGGAUAAAGAAGUCGCGGAGUAAACAAAAGCUUACUCAAAAUUACUUUCUCUCCAAAUUGUAUAAAAAAUGUUUCGACUUGGUGUUCGACGCUUUACGACUACAGCUGUAAGAGCUGCAGAAAAUGUCGCUCAGAUGGAAGCCCCAAAUCAGUACGGCAUUGGAGUUUCCAAAGCUCAGGGCGUGGUUAAAGGUUUAACUGGAGGUUCGUUUGAGACUCAGUUCCCUAUGCGCAUCAGGAAUCAGCUAAAAAGUCAUAGCAAUUGGAAACACCCCAUUGAUUCGAUUAAAUCACAUUUCCGACGCAACUGGCUGUGAAGUAUUAGGAAAGGCAGAGUUCAUGAAUCCUGGAGGAUCAAUCAAGGACCGAGCAGCUCUAUACGUCGUAAAGGACGCCGAAGAGAGAGGAUUACUGAAGCCUGGAGGAACUGUUGUCGAAGGAACGGCCGGGAAUACAGGAAUUGGACUUGCACAUGUUUGUAGGUCUAAAGGCUAUAAGCUCGUCAUUUACAUGCCAAAUACACAAUCUCAAGGAAAGAUAGACCUACUGAGGUUAUUGGGUGCCGAAGUGUAUCCAGUGCCAGCGGUGGCUUUCGACAAUCCACAAAACUACAACCAUCAAGCAAAACGACACGCGGAUAGACUGGAGAAUGCGGUUUGGACAAAUCAAUUCGAUAACAUCGCGAAUCGACGCGCCCACAUUGAGACUACUGGCCCAGAAAUAUGGAAUCAGACUAAUGGGAAAGUGGAUGCCUUCACCUGUGCCACAGGAACAGCAGGUACCUUGGCUGGAAUCACACGUUACUUGAAGACAAAGUCCGAUGGAAGAGUUAAAUGUUAUCUCGCGGAUCCUCCUGGAAGUGUUUUACAUUCAUACAUUCAAUCAGGUGGAAAGCUGGUGGAUAGAACCGGCUCCAGUAUCACUGAGGGAAUCGGACAAGGCAGAGUUACAGACAACUUGAAACCAGACAUUGAUUUAUUAGACGGCUCAAUGCACAUCAGUGAUGAGAAGAGUAUCGAGAUGGUCUACCGAUGUUUAGAUGAGGAAGGAUUGUACCUCGGAGCUAGUUCAUGUUUGAAUGUUGCUGCUGCAAAGGAGCUAGCUGAAAAGCUCGGAAAGGGGCACACUGUGGUGACAGUACUAUGCGAUGGCGCAUACAGGUAUGCCGACCGAUUGUUCUCCAAGAAGUGGUUAUCGGAGAAGAAACUCCUUGGAGCAAUUCCGAAACAUUUAGAGAAGUAUAUUGUGCUUCCUUAAUUUAUUGUACAGGUAAAUACAAAUACAAAAGUUAUCCAUUCGAUCAGUAAGGGAAA